AACAUUACACACACAAAAUGCACCACCAACAACACACACAACAACCACCACAAUCCGCCACAACAAAUCAUAUCAUCAACUCAUCAUCAUCUCCGCCGCCGCCGGAAUCUCAGUCUUCAGCUCCCCCUAAACAAGUAGCUUUAGCCAUGGAUCGUUUAGCUCAAGCCGCUCGUCUCAUAGCCGAUAUCAGACUCGGCGCCGAUCGGCUUCUCGAAGCCUUGUUUAUCGCCGGUGAAGAUGCUAAUCCGGCUAGUCUUAGUAAGCCGAUGCAUAUGAUCGUUCAAGAAGGCGCUUCUAUGCGUCAGUAUUUACAGGAUCUUCGGACCAUUGGAAGGCAAUUGGAAGAUUCUGGAGUCCUUAAUGAAUCACUUAAGUCAAGAAGUAAUUCUUGGGGACUUCACAUGCCGUUAGUUUGUCCGGAUGGUGCUGUUGUUGCAUAUGCUUGGAAACGACAACUUGCUGGUCAGGCUGGAGCAUCUGCUGUUGACAGGACCAGGUUGGCUCUGAAGGCAUUUACUGAUCAGAAGAAAAGAUUUUUUCCUCAUCUUGAUGAGGAUUCUGUAGAUCAACCAAUGUCAAAAAAACAUCGUGGGACUCAAGCCUCGAUCGUGAAUCAGCAAGAAGAGUUCAGUGAGUUAAGAACUAUAUUAGAUGUUUUGACGGAAUUGGAGAAAGAAGUUCCGGAAGUCAAAACCUCUACUUAUCAACGUUUGGAUUGGUUAAAACGAGCGUCAUUGCUCCCUGGCGAGACUUUGGAUGAAUCACUAAAAGACCAAAGUUUUCACAGCUCCCGAGAUAUGAGAUCAGAAUUAGGGGGUACAGUUGUGGGUGAUCAGAUUUCUGUGAUCGAGUUGUUGUUUCCUUCUUUAUUUAGAGCAGUUAUAUCCGUGCAUCCAACUGGUUCACUUAAUCCUGAUGGUGUAGCUUUCUUUUCUCUAGAUGAGGGUGGCAGCUAUGUUCAUGCAAGAGGGGUUUCAGCUUUUAACGUAUUCAGGAACAUUACGGAGCAUGCUGCCAUGGCUCCACAACAUUUUAUUGGUGUCGAUGCCAAGACAGCACUAUAUAAUCUACUGCAUUGGAUCUGCAGCUAUCAAACUCUAUUCACAAAAGUCUGCAGUAAAUGUGGGAAACUACUAUCAAUGGAUAAAGAAUCAGCUUUGAUUUUACCUCCGGUUCAACGUCCAUACCGAAACUUUUCUGUCAGUAAACAUUUGUCACAGGAUUCGUCAACCAAGGAUCAGAGCACGAAUGAAAUUCCAGCCUAUCACAUUGGUUGCUUUCCCCAAGAAGCAUGAUAGGUUAGAUACGGUUAUAUGUAGAAAUGUAGGUUUGUAGAUACUAAAAACCCCUUUAAGCCAGUUUUGAUGGAUUGUGAGUGAAUCACCUUGGGGUUUCUAUUGGACGUGGAAGAAAUUUUGGCAGAAACAUUUGGUAUAUUAAUCAGGGUGUUAGAAUUUCUUUUAUAUCGCUAGUUGAUUUAGUAGGCAUCUGGUUAAAUUCACUAUUUUCAACCCAUUUAUUAGUGACAAAAGUGAUUGGCGUAAUUCGCUUUUAUAUUUUUGCAUUUUAUGGAGAUGGUUUUGUUUCUGUGUUA